AUGAAUAAAUAUAUUACUAUUCUAUUCAUUACAAUUUUAAUUCAUACAACAAUAAAUGGUAUUCAGUUAAACAAUAAACAAUAUAGAAUAGAAACUAUACAAAAUAGAUCAAAUACAGAUUAUACAUUAAUAUACCUUCGAAAUAAUCAAUCUACAAUAAAAUGUUCACUUUGUAAAAUAAUAGUUAAUGCAAUUAGAAAAAUGAUGACAAAACUUUCAACAUUUCAAAUGAUUCAUUUAAUUAUUCAUGAAAUGUGCUCUGUAGUUGAAGAUCAUACAGUAGAGUGUUAUGAUUUGGCUUCACAAAUAGUUGAUUCUUAUGUGAUAAUAUUCAAUAGAACUGAAGCAUUGGAUACUUGUAUGCAAGUCAAUUUCUUGAUUCAUUUAUUUUUAUCUUACUUUAAAUUUAUUCGAAAUCAAAUACAAACAAAAAUGUUUAGUUUUUUCAUAUUAACCAUUUUUACAACAGGUUUAGUUACUUCGAUCAAGCAAUCUGAGUUGAAUUUUGGCUAUAAAGAUGUAGCAUGCAACCUAUUGGAGUUGGCACAAGAGAAAAGUUUACAAAUUAUGAAAGAAGAACAAUUCACCAAGAAUAUCAUUGAAUAUAUAUUGUCAAUAACAUGUGAAAAUAUGAAUGAUUUGAAUAAAAAACUUCAGUGCAAACAUUCAAUGGUUAGUGAAACAAAAACACUCCUAAAAGAUUUCAUUGAAUUCGUUGAAUCCAAUCGUUUCAAAACAGUAGUGAAUUGGUGUCAAUCCACAUUGGAAACACCUCAACAUGGUAAUUCCAGCUUUUUGUGUUCAACAUGUGAAAUGGCUGUAUCAUAUUUGAAAACGUUCAGCAAAUCUGAAGAAGCAAAAUCACUUGUACAUCAAGUUCUUGAUAAAAUUUGUUCAUUAACUGGAUCUUUUCAAGUUCAGUGCUCAUUUCUAGGAGGAAUAUUUGGCUUGUAUGACAAUGCACAUGUGUCUAUGAAAACAGAUACGGUCAACUUAAAUAUGUAA